UGUGUGCGUGGAGUGGACGGCGGUAGUUGGGAGCGCAGUGUCUCGGGCCGCAUAGGGGCUCUGGCAGCCUCUGUCCCGGGAUACUGGACGCGUGUGCACGAUGUUUAUUCAUGUACAGGCGUACCCGAAGCUGGUAGGCGUUCCCCUUAAGGUUCAGAGAUUCCACACUGCUGCGUGUCGCUACAAAGGCCGGACGGGCGCUGAGCACCUGUGGCUGAUGCGCCAUCUAAAGGACCCGUUUGUGAAAGCCGCAAAAGCGGAGAGUUACCGCUGCCGCAGCGCCUUCAAGCUCCUGGAGUUGAAUGAGAAGCAUCACAUCCUGCGGCCCGGCCUCCGGGUGCUAGACUGCGGGGCGGCUCCGGGAGCCUGGAGUCAGGUGGCAGUGCAGGGAGUCAACGCCACAGGCGCAGAUGCCAGCUCUCCUGUGGGCUACGUGCUUGGGGUCGAUCUUCUUCACAUAUUCCCUCUGGAAGGAGCAACUUUUCUAUGCCCUGCUGAUGUGACUGACCCCAGAACUUGCCAAAGAAUUCUCGAACUGCUUCCCAGAAGGAGAGCGGAUGUGAUUCUGAGUGACAUGGCACCCAACGCCACCGGGAUCCGAGACCUCGAUCACGACAGGCUCAUCAGCUUGUGCCUUACCCUUGUGGACAUGGCCGCGGACAUCCUGCAUCCCGGGGGGACGCUGCUGUGUAAAACCUGGGCUGGAAGUAAAAGCCACCUGCUACAGAAGAGACUGACCCUGGAAUUCCAGAACACAAGGGUCGUGAAGCCGGAGGCCAGCAGGAAGGAGUCUUCAGAGGUGUACUUCUUAGCCACGCAGUACCGGGCAGGGAAGGGCUCCACGGAGCAGUGAGCCUGCCCUGCCCUGCCCUGCCCUUCUGGGCGUGCUUUCCUGAGAGCGGCUGCGAUCUGAGCUGCAUUGUGGAUAUGAACAGCAUAUCCCCAGGCACCUCCGGGUUUUAAAGAGAUGGAAGAUGUAUUUGAGUGCUGUGGGAUGGUCUGUAUGGCAAAUGUGUUGCUCUGAUUGGUCAAUAAAUAAAACACUGAUUGGC